AAAAUCAGCCAUAAGCUUGUCUGUGGUGCAUGUAUAUAAAGGCAGCUUCUGACACAAGACCCAGCCUACUGGAUAACCGCACACAGAAAAUUAAUUUUUAACUCCUAUUGCUAAUUUAACGCAAAACAGAAUGGGAUCCUCUAAGCUGGCCCUGCUGUUGGUCUUGGUGUCCUGCGUUGAACGCUGUCUGUCUGCCUCCUGCGUUGUUGAUAGCUUCUCUGUGAAAGAGGACUUUGACCCCAAGAGGUAUGCAGGGAAGUGGUAUGCACUGCAGAAGAAGGACCCAGAAGGCCUGUUCCUGCAGGACAACAUCUCAGCAGAGUACACCAUCGAUGACGAUGGCUCCAUGACCGCCUCCUCCAAGGGACGCGUCACUCUGUUUGGCUUCUGGGUUGUGUGUGCUGACAUGGCUGCACAGUACUCUGUACCUGACCCUUCCACACCCGGCAAGAUGUUCAUGAACUACCAAGGACUGGCCAGCUACCUGUCCAGUGGAGGCGACAACUACUGGGUGAUUGACACCGACUACGACAACUACGCCAUCACCUACGCCUGCCGUACCCUGAAAGAAGAUGGCAGCUGUGAGGACGGCUACGCCCUUGUCUUUUCCAGGAACCCCCGUGGCCUUCCUCCCGCCAUCCAGCGUGUCGUCCGCCAAAAGCAGGAAGAUAUCUGCAUGGCCGGAGAGUUCCAACCUGUCCUGCAGUCUGGAGCCUGCUAAAUCGAAAGGGAUUAAGAGAAAGAGUGAGGAGCAGAAGUGUGUGCCAGCUGGCUGCAGUCUAGGUGGUUUGACACCAAGAAGCGGGAGAAUGUGAGAGUGAAUGUGCAUGAGGAAAACGUGAAAGUAGAGGAAUAUCUGAGAUGUCAGACAAUAAGCAUCUUCCACUGUUUCUCAAAUCCAUCCACUGUCUGUUAAAGGAAAACAUCAGUGUUCCAGAGUCUCGUGUGAAUGUGAAAGCUAAAAUAAAUGUUUUUUCUAAACAAAA